AUGACCCUCCAGCUUUCCUACCGAGCUGAACCCAUGGAGUCCCUCAGUGUCACGGCAAGCACCAUUACCCUCAUUGCCACCGUCAAAAAGACUUUAGAGGUCCUUCAAAAGAUGCGUCACGCACCCCAAGGGCUAGAUGCGCUGAUCCAGGAGGCUUCUGAUCUUGCGCUCGUCCUCAGGGACGUUGAACCCUUCCUUCGAACCUCGGAGCCCAGUCCUCAAGACGGUGCAGAGCCCCAACCACAAGAUCUUGGCCUUUUGCAGUGGUCGGAGCGGGCAAAAUCUACGCUGAAUGAGAUAGAGGACCUUGCAAUGAUCCACGUCAGCUCCAAAGGCCCUGGUUCUCAGCUCAGGGGCUUGUGCAACAACGCGAAAGUUGUGUCUCAAUUGAACACAAAGCGCCAAGACUUGCAGACUGUCAAAUUCAAUCUCUUAGUCGUGAGCUCGUAA